AUGCGGAUCGCCACACCGAAAUGCCAGCUAGAUAGGCCAUCUGAGAUCGAAAAGCGCCAGGCACCAACGCUUGCCGCCCCUUGCCGCCCCUGUUUAGAUUACAGCCUCUUCCGAUGCCACUAUUCGGCCUACGCCAAUCAUGGCUCCAUCGACGAGCGGACACUCGAGUAUCUCACGGCCAAGAGUCGGGGUCGAGACCCGCCCAGGCUCUCUCUCUCUCUCGCCGUGGCAACAAGGCGUGUCUUGGACCGGGUGCAUCUCGUCAUUCAUGCAUACGCGCUGCAGCCCAACGGCGGGACGGGUGGGCGAAACUGCAGAGACUCAGAGCCGCUUCCCGUGCUUCUGAAGUGCACCUGCGUCAGCGUCCGGCACUAUCGGCCGCCCUCCCCCCGCCCGGCCGCUCCUGCUGCUACGCCCACUUACAGUGGUUGGCAAUGGCCACACAGUGUCGCCUUGGCAUUCGUUCCUGCUGCUGCGCCGUCGGAGCGACUCCGACUGGAGCGCGGACAGCAGCAACACCCACCGACACGCACUCUGAGUCAAAGCGUAUCUGACGGGCCCGCAGCUAGCGUAUCGAGGGUCGGAGCAUCUUUCACCUCGCUUGCCCUUGCCCAGAUUAGACGCUUGCUUUUGGCACACGGCACACGGCCCCGUCGUAUCGCUCACACUACACUCGCUCACCUCGACCUUCUGUGGCUACCACCUCCCGACCGCCACUUUCUGCCUCGUUGCUCGCGUAACGAUACGGCCACGUCUUGCGAGAUGCACGCCACAGAGAAGAACCGCAUCUCCACCUGCUCCACAGACAACGGCUCUGUGGACGCACACGGCGGUGCCAGCCUCGCGCCCGUGCUCUCCAACCAAUCGGCCAGCUCCGUCGACCCCAAGAAGGCAGACUGCUGCUCGCCCGUCUCGGUCUCGGUCAGGGACGCUGCUGACACUCAAUCGCCAGUCACUUCAGCACCGCACACCCGCAGCUCUUCACACGCCUCGGCAGCAGCUUCACCAUCCCGUUCGGACAAUAUGCCAGCCUCGGCCGCAGUCCACCUCAGCACGCUGCUCGUCACAGGCCAGCGCAAGACGUGGAAGUUUGGGCCCAACGAGACCGUCGAGGCGGUGCGAAACCACAUCUGGAACAACUGGCCCGAGUCGUGGCCGCAGCCCAAACCCGAGUCGUCGGCCUACUUGAGGCUGUUCCACCUCGGCCACAUCCUCGACGCGCCCGAGCUCACGCUGGCAUCGCGGGGCUGCAAGCCCGGCACCACCACCGUCGUUCACAUUAUCAUCCGAUCGCUCCCACCACCAGAGCCCACCAAAGUGGAGCAGGGUAAGUUUGAUCCCACAUCCUCAACUCACUGUCGUUGUACACGUCGUUCUGACCCUUAUCCUAUGCUCGCCAACCGUAUGCCAUCAGAAUCGCCCGUCAAGACCACGGCAGCUGAGCCAGGACAGCCACGUCGAGGCUCCCGUCAGCAGGAAGACACACCAGGCUGCAGCUGCGUCAUCUGCUAG